AUGAAUCAAUUGUUAAAAUUCGUUUGUCUAAUUUUUUUCUGUUCAAUAUGUGAAGGAUCUUAUCGUUUAUAUCAUACACAUAUUCCGAUAACAAACAAUGAUCAUCAUUGUUUAUAUCGUUUUGAAAAAGAUUCAAAUGAAUUAGCUCGAUUUCUUGUACCUUAUUGUAUUCGUUCAAAUAAAAUCUAUUCAAAACAAGAAUGUUUGGGAAGAAAAUAUUCAUUUUAUCAACUUUAUCUUAUGAACGUAACGAAACAAAAUUUAUUCGAUUGGUUUGCGCCAAUUGAUGUAAUUGAUGAUUAUUCAUCUUAUCUUCGAAUGGAAAAAACAAUUGAAAGUAAUGAAAAAAUAUUUUGUAAUUGUUCAGAUGAUUUUACUUUUGGUGAAUAUUGUCAAUAUAAAUUUACAAAUGGUAAUGAAAGAAGUACAUUUGAUGAAAUUGUUAUUUCAACAUUCGAAGCAAAUAAACAGGAUAUAAAUAGUUUAUAUUUAUUGAGUGCACAAAGUUCUCUGACAUGUUAUGAUGUUUUUAAUUGUACAACUUAUACUGGUAUUUGUCUUGAUUGGCGUGAAAUUUCAGAUGGUUAUGUUCAUUGUACAAAUGGUGCAGAUGAAAAGUAUUUUAUAGACAUGGAAUUAAAUGAAUGUGAUCCGAAAAAGGAAUAUCGAUGUCGAAAUGGUCUUUGUAUUCCACGAAAUUUUAUUUAUGACCGUACAUUUGAUUGUCCCGAUUGGUAUGAUGAAGCACACGCUUAUCAACGCUACCAGUCAAUACAUUUUAGUGAUAUAUGUUCUUCGUCAUCAGCAAUUACUGAAUGUGAAGAAUAUAAUGUUGGUCUUGGCUAUUUUCCUUGCGGCAAUGGACAACGUAUUAGCACAUACUACGAACAAAACCCUAGUUGUUCAAAUUAUCGCGAUGCUUUCAUGCUUAAAAAUCUUUUUCAAACUUAUUUUAAUAUAAGUCGUGGUGAUCAAUGUUAUAUGGUUAUGUUGUGUAAUUUUCAUAUUCUUUGCUUAUUUGAACCUUGUUCAAAUGGACUUGAAAAAUAUUGUGAAGAGUUAUUAUCUGGUUAUGAUAUAAAUACAUGUCCCGAACAAUUCUUUUAUCCACCAGGCCCUUUUGUGUUUCCAUUUGUUCGAUUAAUUUACAAAGCACGUCAUCUAUGGGAUAAUAUUGAACCUGAUUUUAUAUGUUGGAAUAGUUCGAUCUGUAAUAUCUAUGAUCAAACAUCGAACUUUAUCUUUCAUGGUUUCAAUUGUUUCAGCACUUCGGAAUAUUUUCCACGUUUUAUGUUUGAUAAUGAUCUCAAAAAUGUGUUUACAACGGCUACUAGACUGUUUCUUGUAAUACAAAGUCUUUUUUCUCAAUGUACUCAUAAACAAAAUGAAUCGAAACUUUAUCGUUGUUCAAAUCAGUUGAGUAUAUCUAUUCAUCGUAUUCUUGAUGGUCAUUUUAGUGAUUGUAUACCAUGGUCCAUACUUACAGAAGAUGAAUAUCGAAGUCGUGAUAAUUAUCAAUUAGCAUGUAACUUACCCGAUCGAUUUCAAUGUGGUUUUUAUCAUUGUGUUUCACGAUAUGCUCUUCAAGAUGGUUAUGGAAAUUGUGAUUCAAAAUUAGAUGAAAUAUAUUUUGUAACAUGUUCAGAUACAUUUAGUUGUCAAUAUAUCAGAGAAAUCGAUUUGUCCGAAGAACCAUGGAUUCGUUAUCAAACAUUUUGUAAUGGAUAUGACAUGAUCAAAGAGGCAUUCGGCGAUAGAAAUAAUACAGAUGAAACCGAUUGUGAAAUGUGGCCUUGUGAUGCAGUUUAUACUCAUUGUGAUGGUUAUUGGAAUCGAAUAAAUGGUUGUGAUGAAUUGAAUUGUACUUAUAUUCAAGCAGUAUCAUGUGCACAUGAUGAACAUCCCUAUGCUUAUUUGAAUUUAACGACGAUGAGAUGUUUAACAUUGUCAAAAAAUGGUGAUGGAAAUUUCGAUUGUCUUUUUGGUACGGAUGAACGUGUAACACUUUUAGAAAAAGAACGAUACUUAAUAGCAGACAAUUUGACUGGUGAACUGUAUCCAGAAAGAUCGUUUAAAGUUCCAUGUUGGAAUGAUUUCAACAAAACUAUCUUAACAAGUCAAAUUUGUGAUCGUACAAAAGAUUGUAUACUGGGAGAUGAUGAACUUUUUUGUGAAUGGCAUCUCAAUUCAUCAUGUGAUCAAGAUGAUGAAUUUACUUGUAAGAAUGGUACAUGUAUUUCGAAAACAGAUCAAUGGUGUAAUGGAAUUAUCGAUUGUUUUCCAGAUGGCGAAGAUGAGCGAUUAUGUGAUAUAAUGAAACCACGACGCAUUUAUCAUACAGAUAGUGUCACGCCUUAUAAAUAUUUUCUAUUUGAUCGAUUUGUUCUAAUUGAAUAUCGAUCGAAAGUCAUUGAAUAUCCUGUAAAUUGUCAUCGAGGUAUUCCAAUUUACAAUGAAUUAGAAAUGAUGUACGAAUGUUUAUGUCCACCAAGUUAUUAUGGUUUACAGUGUGAACGACAAAGUGAACGUCUUACAAUAUUUUAUCGUAUUGAUAUUCCACCGACAUUUGAUCGACUAUCAAUAUAUCGACUUGUUUUAUAUUUGCUCGAUGAAAAUCAUCAAGUUUUAUCUUAUGAAACCAUGACCUACACAUUUUCUGAUAAUCAAUUUUCAUUAAAACAAGUUCUAUAUCUUAAUUAUCCUCGAAGUAUCAAUGGUUAUUCUGAAUUUAAACAAAAAUUUGUUCGUAUUAAUGCUUAUCGAGUAACAAAUACUGCCGUCGAUUCAACGUCUUUAUCUUGGUUCUAUUCAGUUCCAUUUUCAUCUUAUCUCCCCGUUACUCGUGUUGUUGUAUUACUUUAUUUUGAAGAAUCACUCGAUAAUCAAAUGUCAGUUUGUCGAAAAUUUGGUACAUGUCAUCAUGGUGUUUGUCAUAUAUUUAUUAAUUCAAAUGAACCUUUUUGUGAUUGUGAAGCAGGUUGGUCUGGUGUAAGAUGUGAUCAAAAACAAUCGAUAGAUUUAUGUGAAACAUAUCAUUGCAAUUCUCAAGUAUCGAAAUGCAUUUCUUAUAAUAAUCAUACAUUUUGUCUUUGUUUUCCUGGUUAUUAUGGUCCAAAAUGUGAAAUAUCGUUUGAUAGUUGUUCAUCAAUUCAAUGUGAAAAUAAUGGUACAUGUGUUUCACUUGACGAACGUACAAUCUCACAGAUUUGUGUAUGUCCAAAGAAUUAUUUUGGUACUUUGUGUCAAUAUCCAUCUGCCCAAUUAAUAUUGAAUAUUCCAUCCUAUAUGUCUUAUAUUCCAUUAUUAAUUAUUCAUUUUGUGCAUUCACCUCAAAGUGUUCAUGGUGUUUUUAUUCAUCAAGAUUUUUAUUUUUAUCGACAUGUUUAUCCUCGUAAUCAAUUGAAUGUUUAUGAUCAAAGUAAUAGUUUUCUAACACCUUUUAUUUUUGCACAAAUAUUUCUUAAUUCUUCAUCAUUUUAUGGUACGUAUUAUCUUAUUUCUUUAUCAAAUCAAAAUCGAACUAAUUUAACAAGUGAAAUCAAAGAAAUUUAUCGUUGUCCACAUAUUAAUGAAUUUCUUAAUUCGACAUUAAGUAAAGAACAAUGGUUAAAACGAGUGAAAUAUUAUCAUUUAUUUACGAAAAAUACCAAAUGUUUUCAUGAUGAAAUUUAUAUGUGUUUAGUUGAUAAAUACGGUUUACCCGAUUGUUUAAUAUUUAAUCAUAAUGUUGCAAAUUGUAGUGAUCGAAAUAUUUGUACAAAUAAUGGUCGAUGUUUGCGACGACAACGAUUAGGACAAUCUCAUUCAUUUGUUUGUAUAUGUCCACAAUGUACAGCUGGAGAUUUUUGUCAAAUACAAAUGAAUGAAUAUUCUUUUACACUUGAUUCAAUUCUUGGUCAAAUUAUUCUUACAGAUGUUCCAUUAAAGAAUCAACCAAUAAUGAUCAAAAUUUUAAUUUUAAUUCUUUCAUUUAUGUUAAUUAUUGGUUUUAUAUCUAAUCUAUGUUCAUUUAUUGUUUUUUCUCAUAAAGAUGUUCUUAAAAUUGGUUGUGGAUAUUAUCUUUUAAUUUUAUCAAUUCUUAAUCAAAUAUCUAUUAGUAUGUUCAUUUCUUAUACAAUUUAUUUAUUAAUUAAUCAAAUGACAAUCAUUGAAAAUAAACAAUUUAUAAAAGUGAGUUGUUUAUUAUUUGAUUUUUUCAUUCGAAUUUUCCUUUCAUAUUGUGAUUGGAUUUAUACAUGUAUUUCAUUUGAAAGAAUGAUUAGUACAGUUAAAGGUGUCAAAUUUAAUAAAAUUUUAAGUAUUCGAAUGGUUAAAUAUGUCAUUUCAAUAGUAUUUAUUGGAAUUAUUUUAAUAUCAAUUCAUAAUGUAUUUAGUCAUGUUUUAAUUAUUGAUCCUCGAUCAGACGAUCGAUUGUGGUGUGUUAUUCAAUAUAAACAAUCAUGGUUACGUACAUAUGAUAUUUUAACAGGUAUUUUUAAUAAUUCUGUACCAUUUUUUCUCAAUCUUAUUUGUUCAAUUAUUCUCAUUGUAUCACUUUCAAAAACUCGUCAACGCGUCGCAGUAAAACAAAGUUAUCGAAAAACAAUUAUUUUACAAUUUAGACAACAUAAAGAUCUUCUUAUUGCUCCAUUUAUGACUAUAAGUACAAAAUUACCGCUUUUAAUUGCAUCAUUAGCCAUUAAAUGUAUAAAUAAACAAUCGCACUUAUAUUUAAUUUUAUUUGCUUAUUACCUUUCGUUAGCACCACUGAUUAGUACAUUUAUCAUGUUUGUUUUACCUUCGGAUUCUUAUAUGAAAAUAUUUAAAGAAUCUCUUCGCCAUUUUCGACACUGGAUAAUGAAUAAUUAG